UUUUAGAUUUAAACUAACAGGAAGAGAACACAAGUGGCAUGAUGAAUUGUUAACUAUUGGUUAUGAACAGAGAUCAUUCUCUCGUUUUAUCAAAACAACAGAAGUCUUUACGGCUCGACGCCUUCGCAACGAGAUUAGCGAAGGACAAUCUUGCCAAAAUAUCGGCGAAUGGUUGCAUUGACAGUAGCUCUGAAAACGGAGAAAUGAAGAUGCUCGAAACCAAGCUAGAAACCCGAAUGUGUAUCGAAUGCGGAAGCGGCUUCUUGGGUGGUGGAGCUACAGAAGUAUGCGAUACAUGCUCUGGGGUUGGUGGAGCAAUGCAAAUGGGAGUAGGACUUGUUUGUCCAUUGUGUUCUGGGGUUGUACUCAGCCACAACGCUGCUCGGGUCUGCACAUCGUGCAAAAAAUUCGUUCAUCGUGAGUGCGACAGAUCGGAUGUGAAUCUGUCGGAGUUCGUUUGUGCAUCGUGCCGUCGAUCACCGUUAGUAGGUGACAUAAUGCUAUCUGCUGCAAUUGGUCCAGCUUCGCCGCUUGGAGCUGAGUCCGACUCUAUAGCUGCUCCAUCAUCAGCAUCUGUAUCUGACAUGACGCUGAAUCCAUUCCGGUCAAGUUCUCCCGUCACAUCCGCCUCUGUCGUACCAGAUUUCAACGUCGAUGUGUACAACAUGUCGGAGGGCAUCUCGUCACCUGCAACAACUAGCGACUCCGCCCGAAAUUCGCCUUUCUAUCCGGAGAACUCGCCGUCGGACGUAGAUGAGGAUUUUGUUCCAGGAAGUUCUCGUGGCGGUUAUACAUCGCGUGGACGAGGAGGUGCCAAAAAGAAGCCUGGUCGUGGGUCUUCCAAAUCUAGGGGCGUGAAGCCGUUAGGUGGAGAUCCGAACGUUUUCGCGCCACCAACUCGGGGAAAACGUGGUAAACGUGGCGCAAAAGUGAAUGGAAUUGGAAAGGCACCUGGCACUGGAAGAGGUCGAGGACGGGGGCGAGGAUCUUCUGCGCAGCUGCAGCAAAGCGCAGUUUUGCAGCAUAUCAUCAUGCAACAACAUCAGCAACAUCAUCAUCAGCAUUUCCAUCCACCUCAGUCGCAGAUCCGAGAGGUUGAUGAAACAAUGCUGGAGGAAGAGGAGGAGCGGAACACUCGUGCUGAUGAUGUUGAAUAUGUACGCACAGCAGUCAUAUGUGAUGCUCAAGAUACAUAUAUGCAACAGUCGAGUCUCUGUCUGGUGUGUGGUGCGAUAGGUAAACCGCACACACAGGAAAGUUCGAUGAUCGCAUGCUGUAAUUGUGCGCAGACGUUCCACACCUAUUGUGUAGGUCUUCAUGAGAAGUUAAAUCAAGCAGUUGUCAACAGAGGAUGGCGUUGCCUUGACUGCACAGUAUGCGAAGGAUGUGGAGAGGGCAAAGAUGAAUCGAAACUGCUUUUAUGCGAAGAAUGCGAUGUCUCGUACCAUAUCUAUUGCUUAUCUCCGCCACUUGAACGCAUACCCAAUGGACCCUGGAGGUGUCAGUGGUGUUCUCGAUGUCGCAGAUGUAAUGUGAGAGUAGCAUCUGGAACUGAUCUGACUCGUGAUGGCUUGUGCACUACAUGCAGUUCUCUUCGUAAAUGCCCGAAAUGUUCUAAGAACUACAAUCUCGGUGAAAAGAUAAUCAAGUGCAGUUCAUGUGCACGGUGGUAUCAUGGGACUUGCGAAGACCUCUACAAUGAUGAAAUGUUGGAAUCUGCGUCUGCGAACAAGAUGCGUUGUUCCGCAUGCCGUCCGAAUAGUCGAAAUGCUUCGUCAUUGAUGGGUUUAGGAGACCAUUCAAACCUUCUCAUCUGCGACAAUGUCGCUCUCAAUAAGUCGGCAGAAGAAGUUUUGCAAUCUCGCUUUAUGCCUGGAGUAUUUCGUCUAAACCCCUUGGAUGCUUACGGAUACCGUUCGGACAGUUUUGAACAUUAUGGCGUGGAGGAUGACUACUUACAAGAUGAGUUGGAAAUGCUUUCCACUAGUGGCCGUGGUCGAGGAAUGGGUCGCGGAGGCGGUCCUGGUCGUCGAGUGCCGAAACUUGGAGUUGGUGGCUUUUUCGUGAAAAUACCACGCCAUCGAUUGUUGACUAUGGAAGAAGAGGCGCAAGACGAGGAUGGCAACAAGAAGCAAAAACGGCCGAGGAAACCGCGUCGGAGUCAGCUGGAAGAUGCGUACCCUCCAGCUAUCCAGGAAGGCUUCUUUGGCAUGCGUCCUGUGGAAGGAAAAGCGCUUAUCGAUGCCGUAGUUGAAGAACCAUCAUUGGCUGAGUAUGGUAAAGGAAAGACAGCGUCCGUUGCGGAGUCUAGUAGUGGUGGGCAUGAGCUUUCUCAUGAAGCAACAGAACAGCUGAAGAAUGAUUUGACGGAGGUGGAUAUAUUGAAAAACCUGGAUAUUGGAGACCUUGGUGAUGUUGAUAUUGAUAACAUGGAUAUGGAUUUCACCAAUUGGAUGGAAGACGAUGAGGACGACGAUUUUGAUGAUAGUCUGAACGAUGCGUUCGACAUUGUGAAGGCAGACGGUUUUGAACCAACUACCAAUAGUGACUCCGUAUCCGCUCCUGCUUCGACUGCUCCUACUGGACCGACUACCUUUCCCAACGACGUAUCAAGUACUAGUGUCACUCCUACUGCGCCGACCCCUUCUUUUAUGAUCCCUCAUACACCGAAAUCUUUAUCGCGGAGCAGUAGUCAAAUGGAUGGCGUGGAGAAGAACAAUCCUACAACAGAAAGAUGGGAAGAAGAUGAGCCUCUGGGGCUUCAAGCAACAAAAGCAGCUGUGCUUUAUGCAAAUGAAAGGCACGCCUAUCUGAAGGAAAAAUAUCCCGAUUGGAAUGAUCGCGUCAAACACAUUCAGCGUCUUUGGAGGGUUUUAGACACCGAGAAUAGACAAGAUUUUGUCAGUCGAGCCAGAGAAAAUCGUGCUAAUCGAGGAAAGCAGCCAAGAAUGAAGCGAGCUCAUCACCAUCAGAUGGCGUCUGGCGUUGACGAGCGAUUCAAAGUUCCGAGCGUGCCUGCUGGUGGACCGAUGCGACCAGAUUACCUACAGGGAGAAAUGGCAGGCGCAAACCAAGAGGUCCCAGUUCAGCAGAUACGCUCCACUGCCCAUCUAACUCAACCGGUUCUCGAGCAAUACGAAUUGAUGCGAACGCGGACGCUUGAUCUUCAGAAACACCAGCAGGUCAUUGAGUCGGACUUGAACAGAAUGCGCAAGCAGAAGAAAAAUCUUGCUGCUAAGCGGCGGCAAAUGAUGAAAAGUGCUGGAACGGAUGCAGACGGCAAACAGAUUCAGGUUGACUUGAAUGAGCAGGAUCGUAUGGCUCUACAAACGCUUUUGGACCAAAUUCCUGCGAGACAAAAGGACUUGGAAUCGUGCAAACGUGACUUGAAGUCUCAUCUUGCUACUGUAUAUGAGUUUGAACACAAGUGGAACAUUGUGCGCAAUGUUGAACCAGGUGAUGCUAUGCGGAUGGCCAUGGCACAACGAGGAGUGCCUGGUGCACCUGUAGCUGGUGGUCCCAUUCCUGCAUCACCUGGUCAUCAACCGCUUCCGUCUCCAACCACUAUGGGUGGUGUCCCUCCCCAAUUUCACUCGCACUUGGCAGGGACUUCUCCUCAGUUCCAACAGAUGCGUGUUCCUCAACAAAUGCCUUAUGGGAAUGUUUGCGGUCCACAGCAAGAAGUGCAACGAGCUCCAAUGCAGGUUGCUCGGAUGUGGGCUCGUAUGCCAGCUCCAGUGCUUGGCGGUAUACACUACGAACGUCUACAAAGCGCUUUCGAGAAAGAGGUAUAUGAAUGUCUUGACGACAUCGUGAGCCGAGUAUCAGUGCAUUUUGAUGGUCGGGAUCCUGCACGUGAAGGUCUCGCUGGACAAGGCAUGUUGAAGCGUUUACUGGAACCUGCUAUGGGGCAACAGAUGGCACCUAUGGGAGGUGCUGGUCCUCCCGGUCCAGCUAAUCAUUUGAUGGAACAGUUGGAACCACCUAGACCGAAGAAAAAGCGCACGCAACAGAAGAAGUUCGAAACUAUGGGUAUGGGAAACGAAUACGAUUUGAUGGUUGAAAGAGUGAACACUCAAUUACGGCUUUGCGAACAGUUGCCUAAGAGGGCGCUAGAACCUGCACCUCGUAAUCCUGGCGCUGCAUUUGCUACCAUGGGAAUAAGCGACCUUCCAGAUCGGCGAGAUAAGCGUGCCCUGGUUGGAAACGAAUUUGGUAACUUAUCGCUGUCGUUUGUCGAUGACUAUUAUACCGGAUCAAGUCGAGGACUUGGAUGUUUGGAGAUGUCUAGUCUUUCAAUGUCCGACCUUGCCCCUCAAGCGAAUCUGCCUGCGUUACUAGGGAUGUCUCCACCACCCAGCUAUGAUUUGGUAGUUGAUGCCGAGGAUACUGCAUACGGCACUUUUGAUCAGUGGGUGGUAUUCGCUCAUGCACUAGAUCGGCAGCCAUGUGGUGAUCAUAUGCGUGUUGCUAGCAAAUUACCAGAAUUUACCAUUCCGCUUGAACCUCGUCGUGCAGUCUUCGAUAUGAAACCCGAGCCUUUGGAAGAGGUUCAAGUUUCUCUAGUUGUCAAAGAGUCAACAGUUCCGCCGGGAAUGGGAGUAGCUGCCCUGUUUGAGCAACUACGGUCUAUCCUGGGGGUAGAGCAGAACAUCGACUAUCAGCUCGAUACUCCACCAAUGUCACCGGAAGCGUCGAUGAAAGCAGAAAACAUCGAUAAGGUGAAGCGAGAACCUAUGGAACCAACCGCACCGUCAUCAAGUGGUCGAUGUCGUGCUUGUGACAGAAGCAUGGAAGCUGUGCUCAUACAACAAACCAUGAGCCAGCUGGGAUUGACUCCUACUGAUGACGAGAAGGAUGAUACCGUUUGCUUCUGUUCCAUGAAAUGUUACUACCAGUUUGUCGCUGCUAGCAAAGUCGCACUAUCUCCAGACCAACUCACAGCUGCCGAAUCACAUGUUGAUGAGGAAACGUUGGCAAAGUUGAGACAAAUAAGUGCUGAGAGUUUUGCAAAGUGCAUAAAUCAGGGAAAGAUGCGAAUGGAUCUCCCGCCUGCUCCAGCUGUUCCUCCGGAUGCAUUCUUGACAUCACCUCGAGACACUCGUUAUGUUAUGGAUGAAGGGCGUAGGGACAAUGUACAGAUUAUCCGUGUCGCCGACUUGGCAAGCAUCCACGACGUUUCUCAGCGUAAGGAUCCUGGUCGCAAUCCUGGUGAUGACUGGAAAACGUACAGUCGCGAGUUGUUGCAGUCGUUUUUCAAGAUCCAGCAAACGAAGCAUGAGUUGGCACUGUCACCGAAAAUGGGUGUUGGUUUGGGUCCAUCAUUUGAACUUGAUCGUCGUGUAUGUGUUCUUUGUGGAGGAAUAGGGGAUGGAGAUCCUGCACUCUGUGGACGACUCCUUAAUCUGAGUGCGAAUCUGUGGGUUCACGUAAACUGCGCGAUGUGGAGCACCGAGGUUUUCGAAUCCUCUUCCGGUGCACUUCUUCACGUUGACCGUGCAAUAGUUCGAGCUGCAGGAGUGAUUUGUCACUUAUGUGGUCGGGUUGGCGCCAGCGUACAGUGUCAUAAGGUUGAUUGCAACGUCAAUUUCCAUCUGCCAUGUGCAGCAAAAAUACAGACUGCCAAGUUCAUCAAAGACAAGACUUUCUUCUGUACGAAACAUCCUGAGAUCAGUCCUGAUGUUAUGGUCACAUCACUGGAGGCGCUCAGAAGAAUUUACAUAGAGCGGGACGAAAAUGCUCUGUUGUCACGUCUGUUCGAUCUGUCCGAUUCCAAUACUCGUUUGUGCCUUCGGCUGGGGGCAUUGUGCUUCUUCCAAGUGGGACAGUUACUUCCGGAUCAGUUGAAAACCUUCCACAAUCAGACUCACAUAUUCCCCAAUGGCUAUCAUGCAUCACGCUGGUUCUGGUCACCAGAUGAUCCAAAAACACGGUUGGUGUAUACUUGCAAAAUCAAGGAUGUGGAUCAUAGACCUAAGUUUGUCGUAACUUGUGGAGAGCGCACGUACGAGGGAGAUUCUGCUACAGAAGCGUGGUCGGAGGUCAUAACAGCCGUCGAACGAAUGCGGGCAAAGACUGAUGCUUUGCGUUUCUUUUCGAAGGGUAUUCAGGGAGAGACAUUGUUUGGCUUGAACGAGUCUGCGAUUAGCAAGAUCACUGAGUCGCUCCCCGGCGUUGAUGGACUUUUCACGUACACUUUCCGGCACCCUGGUAGUCCACUGCUUGAUUUGCCAUUGGCUGUGAACCCUUCCGGAUGCGCCCGUUGUGAACCGCGAUUUCGAACCUUGAUAAAGCACAAGCAGCGUGCACUUGCCAGUGCUCCAAGUACCAGGCAAGAAAACCGAUCAACGCAAGACACAGCAUCUAGUAGUAGCGGACGAACAAGGGGGCGUAUCGGAUCUUCGUUCACAGAUGAAUUGGCUAGUGCUCAGAUGCGAGCCAUGUUGCAGGCUUCUGGCAUUGGAGCAGAGUGGGCAUUGGCACUGGGCGGACGUGAGCCUUUCUCAAGUAAUUCACAAAGCUAUACUCUGUACCAAAAGAUGCGGAAAGAUUGGCGUCAAACGGUUUAUCUAGCUCGUUCGAAGAUUCAAGGUCUUGGACUGUAUGCGAAACGGGACAUACACAUGGGUGACAUGAUCAUCGAAUACAAGGGAGAAGUUAUUCGAAGCGAAGUUGGUGAAAUGAGAGAAAAGCGAUAUGUAGCUCAGAACCGUGGCGUUUACAUGUUCCGAAUAGACGAGGAUCUGCUCGUCGAUGCUACGAUGGCAGGUGGUCCAGCAAGAUACAUAAAUCACUCAUGCGAUCCUAAUUGCUCUACAAGAAUCCUGGCAGCAGGGCCAUCGCCUGAAGAUAAGAAAAUCAUAAUCACUGCCAAUCGCCCCAUCAAAGCUUUGGAAGAGUUGACCUACGAUUAUCAGUUUGAACUGGAGGAUACGUCAGAUAAAAUUCCAUGCUUGUGCGGAGCCCCCAAUUGUCUGCUAAAUAGUGUAUCCGGCAGAUGUAUUCUAUACGUUCUCUGUCCUGAAGCAGACACCGCUGGUCGGCGCUUACUACUUAGGUUCAUAGGAUAGGACGUACUUUUUCUAGAUGUUCGUUACGAAAUCGCCUUGUUCUAGCUUUGCAGAUCCGUGUGUUUCCCUUAAUUGAUUUCCUUUGCGUUCAUUUGUACAUAAUCGUCUUUGUUCAUGAACGUAGCAGGAGACUGUGCAAAGUUUCCUCCUUGUCUACCUCAUAUUGCGCGAAUAUAGGCAAUAUAUUGCUUAGAGUCGCAUCAUUUGGCAAUGGCGUCACUGUUUGCAUUUCUCCGGUCACGUCCUCGCCUUUUAAGCAUUGCUAUCACAUCAGCACCACCCAAGAAUUGUCGUUCUCAGUCGUUGUGUUCUCUUGUCCAUAGUCGUCAGUGGUCUCGUGUACCUUUGUAAUAUUUUCGUGUUACUUGUUCUGAACAUUUACCGCGGAUAUGUCAAGUGUUGGUUCUUUCGCAAAUUUAUUGUUUCAUCCAAUUUUACUACCCUGUCUUCACUACUAACGCUGUGGUACUAAUUUUCAUCACAUCUGCUAAUCAUCAUAAAUUACCAUUUGUGCAGUUCUGAAGUUCCAUCUUUUUACUUUAUGCGUGAUAUCUCCAGCGCUUCAUUAUUUUCUAUAGUACUUCACAAAGUUGUUUUAUUCUGUAUGAUAUGUCUUAGUCUCUCUCGUUCGAUUUGCUUCCAUAUGUUCAAAGCGGCUCGUCCUACUGUGAACGCACCUUGCUCGCUCUCAUCUCAUUGUUUUCUUUUUGAGAAGACCAAGUUGUGGUGAAAGGAAUGGUGCCGGUAUGACUUUUCACAGACAGAAAACGAUAGGGGGUGCCUGCCCGUUUUUAACUUGCAUUGUGUGUGUAUUACGUAUAUGUUGAUGUUCAGAAACCUAAUUAUUG